AUGACAUCCCCCCAGUCCUGGUAUCAAUCUGAACUUCCUGUGUGCAGAGAACAUUACCUUCCCAGUCCUGCCCAGGGGGGUUCUCUCUGAGCACAUGUACCUACCUCUCAUGCACACAGAGCUGGAGCAUGUCAUCAUCUUUGUAGAGAGGAUGUUGCUGUAGUCAGGAAGCAGCAGACUCAGUUCCUCCUUCUGUGAUCAGACAAAUCCUGCCUGGGAAGCUGGCCCAUUACUUCUGAUAGUCAAGAUGUCUGCAGGGGAGGACACCAGCAGUGCACACCUGAGUGAGGUGGAGGAGGCAGAUGAUGUGCUCUCUGAAGAGUUAUCUUUCAGAAGCCCUGAUAUCAUGUCUGUGGGCUCUCAGACAUUUCCUCCAGGAGGACCUAAUGGGAUUCUCAGAAGUCAGUCAUUUGCUGGAUUUAGUGGCAUCCCGGAAAGAAGAUCUCGGUGCAACUCUUUCCUUGGAAACUCUUCCGCCCCCAAAAAACCUCAAGCUAAACAGAAGAAAAUGCACAACAUGGGCCAUAAAAAUGGCAGUAAUUCUAAAGAACCACAACCAGAGAGAGUAGAAGAGAUAUAUGGAGCCUUAAAAAAUGGCCUUGACGAGUACCUGGAAGUUCAUCAAACUGAACUAGACAAGCUGACUGCCCAGCUCAAAGACAUGAAGAGAAAUUCAAGGCUGGGAGUGCUGUAUGAUCUGGACAAGCAAAUCAAGACCAUUGAGAGGUACAUAAGAAGACUGGAAUUUCAUAUCAGCAAGAUUGACGAGUUAUAUGAGGCCUACUGCAUCCAGAGACGCCUAAGAGACGGAGCAAGUAAGAUGAAGCAGGCCUUUGCUGCAUCCCCCUCCAGCAGAGCAGCACGAGAGAGUUUAUGUGAAAUAAACAAGAGCUAUAAAGAGUACACAGAGAAUAUGUGCACGGUUGAAUUUGAAAUGGAAAGCCUAUUGGGAGAAUUUUACAUCAAAAUGAAAGGUCUAGCUGGCUUUGCCCGUUUAUGUCCAGGAGACCAAUAUGAGAUAUUCAUGAGAUAUGGGCGUCAGAGGUGGAAACUAAAAGGCAAAAUUGAGGUUAAUGGCAAACAGAGCUGGGACGGAGAAGAAAUGUUUUUUCUUCCGCUGAUUAACAGUUUAAUAUCAAUAAAGGUGACAGAGCUUAAAGGAAUAGCAACUCAUAUCCUGGUGGGAAGUGUUACCUGUGAAACGAAGGAUUUAUUUGCUGCACGUCCUCAAGCUGUUGCUGUUGACAUAAAUGACCUUGGCACAAUAAAGCUUAACCUUGAAGUGACAUGGUGCCCAUUCGAUACAGAAGACCUGACACCUUCUACAGGCAAUGUAAACAAAGCAUCUGUCGUUCAGCGAAGAGUCUCCAUAUACAGCCAAGGCACACCAGAGACCCCUACAUUUAAAGACCAUUCCUUCUUUAAAUGGCUGAACCCACCACAAGACAGGCUGCGAGCGUCAAUUAUGGAUGCGCUGCAGGAGACUUUCUUUGACAAGCUCCGACGCAGUCGCUCUUUUAGUGACCUGCCCUCUCUCAGGCUGAGGCCUAGAUCAGGCAGAGAGCGUUAUUCGAAUUUGCAGGAUGACGUCUUUGAUAGUGGAGUAGAAUCUAUUGAAAAGAGGGCACUCUCUUUAAGCUUUGACGACUUGCCCAAUGGUGAUAUUACGCCACCUAGAUCUACGCCCUCUUCCUCGUUGGGUUACUCCAAUCCAGAAAUCACCGUAACCCCACCAGAACAUAACCUCAGUGAACCAUCAUCCGAAGCACCUGUGAAGGACAGUUUGAGCGCCAGGUCUUCUGCAGACUCAAGCAGUCAAUCUCAAGACUCUCAGUCCCAUGCAGAGAAUGUUACUGAAAGUGACGACACCUUAGCAGGAGAUAAAUUGGACUUCUCUGCUUGCCAAAGCCCCCCUCUCAAAGUAAACGAUAGCAUAUUUAUUAAUUCAAAUGUGUCUGUGUCAAUUUUGCAAGAUUCUGAUGAGUGUUCUGAGCUUAAGCCUGUGGAAUUGGACGGUUGUGAAGGGAAUAUUACUAAGCAGCUGGUAAAAAGGCUUGCCUCAACUGAAAUACCUGCCAUCCCAGAGAGACUACAGGCCGAAUGCUCCACGUGUUGUGAAUCUGAAGCCAAUAGAUCCUUUUUGGAUGGAAGUUUGGACGAAUCUUUGCAGGGACUGCUCCUGACUCUUGAACCUUGUAAGGACCAGUGUGAGGUGUACCAGGAGCUGUACCAGGAAAUUACACACCUAGAAGAUGUUCUAAAAUGCAAGUCAUCUGUAAACCGAAGCAGGUCUUCCAGUAUAAGUCUCACUGUUGAGAGUGCUUUAGAAAGCUUUGAUUUCCUGAACACCUCUGACUUUGAUGAGGAGGAUGAUGAUGAGGACGGUGGUGGGAUGGUUUGUAACGGUGGAGGCGCAGAUUCGUUUUUUUCAGAGACUGAGAUGGAGAAGCAAAGCUAUAGAGCUGAGCAUCCAGAAGCCAGAGGGCACCUGAGCGAGGCACUCACAGAGGACACUGGAGUAGGCACCAGCGUUGCAAGCAGUCCCCUGCCCCUUACUACAGGAAAUGAAAGCUUGGACAUCACGUUGGUCAGGCAUCUGCAAUACUGCUCUGAGCUCAUUAAGCAAAUAAUUAUAUCAAGUCAAGUUCUAUUUGUUCUAAGAGACCUGAAAAAGAAAUUAGGCAAGCAAUGCCAAGUCAUCAAGAGACUUUCCGACAUCAGUGGAGAGAAUAUGGACAACACAAAUUCAGUUGUUGAAGUUAUCUCUGGAUUUCAUGAUAUGCCGUCACUAUUAUCUUUUUGGAUGAAAUGCUCUGCACCUACACACCUGUAUCACACCACUGCUGAGAAAAUGAUGAAACAACUGCAUGAAACAUUCAGCCAAACUGUGAAUGUAGAGAGCCCAGGACUUGCUGAAAAAGUUUUCAGGAAGUUGAUUGCUCAAAAUCUAGACAAAGCAGAGAACGUGUUGCCAGCGAAUCUGUCCACAGAAAUCAUUACGGUUUUCCAGUAUUAUGAUUUCUUCAGCAGCCAUAAUAUUUCUGACCUCAAAAGCUAUUUAAUUCAUCUUACUAAGGAAGUGUUAGCUCUGCAGAUGCUCCAGACGUCAAUGGAUACAAGCGUGCUGGAUAAAAUGACAGAUUUAGAUACUUGUAAUUUACCUCAGUGCCAGGAAUUUGUGACAUCCAUUACACGGCUAUCCACUGAGAACGACAAAGAUGUCAAUCAAGCACUGGCCUUACUUUCAUCUGCUGCUUCCACAUUGGAUGAGUUCACAGAAAAUGCUCCGGAGAGUAUUACAACAUUUGUUACACUCUGUCAGUCAGACAAUGAAGAGAUCAGUAAAAUUGCAUCAGAAAAGUUGGAAUCUUUUGGAGAGGAAGGACAUUGCGCAUAUGACUCCUUAAACAAAGCUGCUACAGUGAGCCCAGAAAAGAGAGGACCUACUCCUGCUUUCUAGGCACUAUAAGAAGAAUUCCGAAUGUAUACAGAUAUCCCUAUGCCCAAGAAGAUGAUGCUGAAUACAAGCAGAAAUUUAAGCCUGCAAAAUCUCCAGCAGUAAUUUCCAGUAACAAUAUACAUGCGUGUGUAUGUGUGGACCAGCAGGAGUUGGAACAAGAAGCAUCUUUUAUGGAUAGAAUAAAUAUACCAGUCAAAGGUCAUGUCCGUGCCUGCCUGGUCUGCCAUGGACACCAUUACUACAGUAGAAGAACAUGGAACCUACGCCUCUUCUUGAUGGAACUACAUUUUUAAAAAGCCAUGGCCCAUUAUUGUCCCAGUUUCUGUAAUCUGUACCAGAUGUCUCAUCUUUUUUUCUUGCCUUUCACAAUAUUGGCAUUGCACACAAAUACUGUAUAGAAAAAGUCCACCCUACAUACUGGCAUUAUGCUGAGUUGCCAUUCACUGGCUUAGUACAUUACCUGAUUAAUAGGUUGCUUGAAAUAUUAUCUUUGCAUUCAGCUCCUCUAUAGGUUAUGUAUGAGAAUUUCAGAAACAACAGCUAUCUUUAAAGGGAAGCUAUUGUUUUUCAGUGUGUACACAUUUAAAGGUUUACAUGAAGAUUGUUUUUAUAUGUUUUUGCAAUUUAUUGUAAUUUUUUCUGUGUUUUAACGACUUUAUUUUAUUUUCACAUUUAAAAAUUCUUCCUUUACUGGCUGAUUAGCAAUCUUGAUGGCCAAGUGCUGUAAUAAAAUCAGUAAGCCACAAAGAAAGUCGGCUGUUUCCAUUCAGUCAGAGCAGACUAAUAGAAUCACAUUUAGGGAUUGUAAGAAUAAAAUACAAACACUACUGGGCACGACUAAGCAGGAAGCACAGCUUGCCUAUAUGAGGAGCAAGGGUACGCACUAUAUCCAGAAACAUGAUUUCUCAUACAGUGCACAAGCAUUAGCAGGUACAAUUAUGCAUAGCUAAUCUCAUUUACUACUUUACCUAAGCUAAUGGAUUCCAGCCUUGGCGGAAUGGAUCACUUCAUUCAGUACUAUUAAAGUAAUAUUGAAAUUUUUGGGGGCUUUAAAUAAAAAUUAUGCUAUACUUACCCACUAUGUGCAACUAUAUUGGACAGGGCGGCCCCAUACCACUUCUUCUGCAGUCGUUUGCCAGCAUUUUGUGUUCCUUCUUCCUGUGGGUGCCCCCUCAGCAAGUCAUGUGCUAUGGGGGAACCCAUGUGGGCAUGCUCCCAAGCCGGAAUGCAUUCCCCCUAGCUCCCUCCUCACAGGAUUUGACUGACACUAGCAGGACCCUAUGACUCCUGCUGCUUUCAGAGACUCCUGUGAGAUCAGGAAGAGGGAGCAGCGCCACUGUAGACGAGGCCAGCGUUGGAUCGUCGGAGGACUCAGGUGGGUGUUUAGGGACAGGGGGUUGGAAACGAGUUUUGGAAGGUUUCUUUACCUUAAUGCAUUAGGGUUAAGAACCUUUUGACUUUAGAACCACUUUUGUUUCUUAUCAUCAUAAUCAUCAAAAACACCCCAUAGAGAUAAUAUGCACACAAAUAAAGCUACUCAGAGUUACAAUACUCUGCAUUUGACUUUCUCUGGGGAACACAACUGUGAACUUAAAUUAAUACUAUCACACAAAACAGAGUAGCUCAAGCAAAAGUUCAGCAGCAAAAGUAUUAUUACUGUCCAUAAGAACCUUAAGUAGUAGAAUUGUGCGUUCCUUCAGGUAGAACAUGCCUUAACAAGAGCCUGGCAUGAUUUUGAUUUUCUGGUGCAUGCCUGGAAAUUUCUCAAGCGUGCUUGUUAGAAGCCCAGCUUGUGAGUAUUUCCAGCGCGAAGAAAUGGCACACGUUAAUAAAGCUAUAAUAAUAUAUGCUGUAUCUGGUGAGGUCUAGGGAAAGGCACGCGAGUGCAGGUGAUAGAAUAAAAGAAUAAACAAGUAACAUAUUUAGACUUCCUUCCAUGUUGUUGGUGUAUUGGCAUCCCCCCCUAAGUCGGUGCAUACUGUGCAUCUAUAAUAUUUUAUAUUUCUGCGAAUUCUAUUGCUAAACACAUUCAAUAUAGAUAAGCUUCUCCUUUGUAGCUAAUACUAGAUCAAAAGGUUAAAUCUACAAACUGUAAUAGAGAAUAGGUCAUAAGAUAUCCAAAACAUUCAGAUUAAUGCUGUGUGCAUUCAUGUCAGACACCCCUAGCUGAUCCUUCUCAGGGAGAAAAGUGGAUUGUCAAAGUUGCAUUUUUUUCCCAAUUUGUAUAUUUGGGUCCCUCGAGAUAACAAUGAUGCUGGGAAUAUGCGCUGGCUACAUGGUCCCAUGCAAUCCUGUAUAAUGCGUGUGUGCAUAUCUAUACACUUACCUAGAAAUGUCAGAUCCUGCAGCAACUCUAACCACUAUGUAGUGUCUUGGAAAUAUGUUCUUGCAGAGUCAUAUCAUACCACAUACAAUGCAUUAUCAUUUUUUCAGCUAGUUUAGUAAAAUUACAAUAGUUAUGUUGCUUCAGCCAUUCCAGUGCAUAGUGUACUGUAGGUGUAAUGAUGUAUGAGUAAUGCUUCUUUUAAUGACUACUAUAAAUAUAUAUAUAUAAAAGAGCUGGCAAACAUUCUUGCUUCCUUAGAAGGUGUCAAUAUGAAGCUCAGGUUUCUUUUAUUAGUAUCAAGAUUUUUUCAAUUAACUUUGUAUAUUUACUUUUGUAGAUUACUUACCACAAAAAAAAAAA